UGGAGUAAUGACAACUGACAAGAAAUGAAGUAAAUAGUAAUGUCAAGCAGAUCAAACAAAAUUACAAUAUUUUUAGUUUAAACUUUUAGUUCCAAAAAUGUACAGGCUUACUAAACAAAUAACCAGUCCCAACUUAAUAUUGGUCCGGAAAAAAAUUAGUGAUGGAUCAUGUUCCCUCAUAGUUCUGAGAUCUCCAAGACGAAGAUAUGCAUCAGAUCAGGGCAGGGAUCAACCAGCAAAGCCUCGUAAGCUCCUCUGGGGAGCAAUUGGAGCAACAAUUGUAACUGGCUCUGCAGUUGUUUAUCUAAAGAACAAUCCGGAAGCACGUAAUUGGUUGGAAUCUAAUGUUCCCUGGGCGAACAAUUUAGUGGCUCUGGUGUACCAGGAAAACACAACAUACUUGAAGUUCACACUCGAUCAGAUGAACAAAAUUUCGACCUUUACCAGAAAUUUCUUGUUUGGAAAGGAAGGAGUAUCACCUAUAGAGUUCCAGCAAAGAUCAGAGCAGGAUAUCAAUAAGGAUUUAGCACUAGCCAAAGAGGAUAAAUCAUAUGAAUUGCCGCCCACGAAAUUCGAACCGUUGUAUGUUGAAGAGGUUAAGAUAGAAACGCCGGAAGUCGAAGUUCCAGCUACCCUCAUUCAGACAGAGAAAUGCGAGCCAGUGCCCCCAGAGAAGAUCGUCAUCACGAAAGACAUGGUGGAGAUUGAACACGACAUGCACGAGAAUACCAAGAUAGCUAUUGACAACUACAAGAAGGCGACACACGCCUGCGCAGAGUACAACAGAGCGCUUUAUAAUAUCGUCGAAUCGUCUGUUGACGACUUGGAUAAGAACUAUUUUACGGCGAUUCAAAGCUCUUUGAACGACCGAGAAGGUCUGUCUAAAAAGGCUAGAGAAGCGUCUACAAAGGCUAAAUGCGCUAUUGAGACCCUGGACCGCAUGAUAAAGGCCGGAGUGAAGGCCCCGCCGGAGAGCGUGGCGGCCACACAGCGCUACAUCCAGCAGUUCCGCCGCGAUCUCUCCGAUGCUGAAACUGCCUACCGAGACUGUCUGGAGAAAGCCGUGCUCUCUGACAAGUACUGGAAUAAGGUGGAAACUGCACGCAAAGCGUAUAAGGACGAGUUACAGUUGCUUUUCCCGGGAGUCGACCUCACGGCCCGCAAAUUGCAUAUAAAUGGCGAUACAGACUUGUUACUUAUUUACACGCUGAAACAGAUUCAAUACCUACAGAAUGAAUUAGCUCAGCUGCAAACUGUAAGGGAGCUUAAAAUCAACAGAGCUAUUGAAUGCCACGAUGAAAAAGCAUUAAUAGAAGCCAAGGUCGAAGAUAUGAUCAGUAGAGAAAGACUGGAGAAAGAGAAGGAAUUUCUGAAGAAGAGCUUAGAGAUUCAAACUGAAGCAGACAAGAAAUUAAAAGAGACACUGAGAAAACAGUUCGAACUGCAAGAUGAUGUUAUGAAGAAAAGACUGGAAGCUAAGGAGAAGGAGGUGCUGAAUAUGUUCAGUCGGUCGGUCUCCGAGCAAGUUGAGAAAGAGCGAGUUAAAUUUAAGAAGGAAUUAGCAGCAAUGUCCGGCAGGCUACUGGCUAUCGAACAGACGCUGAAACAACGUGCGUCCGCCGAGGAAGAAGCCCGUCGCUCCCAGUCGGUGUGGGCCGCCAGCGAGGCGCUGCACGCGGCUACCCGCAGGCCCGCGGACCACGUGGCGCUGCGGAACGAGAUAGCGGCGCUCGAGCGAGUCGGAAAGAACGACAAAUUGGUCGAAACAGUAUUGAAAGGAAUACCCGAAGACGCUCGAGAGAAGGGCAUUUCAACGGAAAAAGCAUUGCGGGAUAGAUUUGACACGGUUGAACAGAAUGUAAUGAAGGUCGCGCUCAUCGGCCGCGAAGGCGCCAGUCUGCCAAUGUACUUCCUGUCUUGGUUGCAGUCCAAACUACUGUUCCAAAAGUUUGCUGCGAUACCAGAAGAUGAGUUGAACAACUUGCCGACAGAUUUCACUAACCUGGACACUUUUGACAUCAUUCAGAGGGCAAGAUAUCAUGUAGAUGACGGUGACUUGCAAUCGGCGCUGCGGUACAUAAACCUUCUACAGGGUGCUCCAAGGGCGGUCGCGCGAAGUUGGCUCGAGGCCACCAGGAAGCAUUUAGAGAUCAAACUGGCCGCUGAAGCCAUCAUGGCUCAUGCAUCUGUGUCUGGUCUAUUGUAUUUGUAGAAAUCUUUUAAUUUAAAUUAUUAGCGUUCUACUCGCUCUGGCUACAAACUUGUAAGAAUAUUCGACGUGUUAAAAAUAGUUAAAUAUUCGACGUCUCCGUCAUAGUAUAUAUUAAACGGCAUUAUUAGUUAAAUUAGUAUUUAAUUUAAUAAAAAAUUGCAACCUUAAUUUUUUCGACACAAAUUUAACAUGCUGUAGAGAGGUGAAUGACCGCGACCGAAGUGUUAUUUAUACGUGUACGUGUUUUGAUUAAACGGACGUAUUUUAGGAAUCGAUUAACCACAAUGUUUCCGUAAAUUUCUUAAGUUAAUUUAUUCUAGUUUUUCUUACAACCUUAAGAUACUGUGGGAUGAUCGUUUUGGAUUUUUACGCUUACCUGUUUUUACUGUUACUAAUUUUCUGACAUUAUUUAAAUUUGUAAACAUUAUAAAAAAUACUUUAUUAAAUUGAUGAACUUAUUUGUACGCGUCACCGCAUUAAAUAAAUAUUUUCAAUGUGCCAGUUGUAUACAUAGAUUUGGCGGCCAUGUUGUCGUAUUUUUGUGGUCGCGAAGAAAAUGAAUAUCGGUCAUUUACCUGUCGCUGCGUCUCUUCUGCCCGCGUACUGAUGUCAUGUCUCUACGAACCCUGAAAUAUAAGCAAUUUUGAGUUUUUUAAAUGACCCUAUGUUUGAAUAAACUUUGACUUGACUUGAGGAAAAAAUAUAACUGAAUUAAAAUGUUUUUUUUUUAAUGUGGUGGAAUAUGAGCUAUCGGGCGCUUGUGUCACCUGGUAAGUGAUCAUCGAUACUGGUGUGAUAAAUGAAACCUCCAUUGUCCAUAAAACUUGUCUGUUAUUUAAUAUAUUAAGAUUCAAUAGAAAUGCUAUCAUAUAACACAUGCUUUGAUCACACCAAAUACAUUAAACAAGUAAAGGACAUUUUUUUUAUUUAUCCUCUUUAUUCCCAAUGUACAACCUUUUCUCAAUUAUCAAGUGUUGAUGAGCAUAAUUAUAUACUUUAAUCGAUCGAGUAUUUCAUGAGAUUAUAAUAUGAACGAAUAUUUAAAAUAUUUUUAUAAGUAACGAAAUUUGUAGAAUUUCAACAAUAACUAUUUCGUUGUUACCUGUUCUUGUAAUUAAAUAAUGUCACAGCAAAACUGUCAAAUUGUUCAUCAAAAUUUGGAAUUUAAAAAAUAUUAUGAGUCACGAAUGAAAAUAAAAACUAUCCUAUAUUUCAAGUUGGAUCAAACUGCACACAAUGUGAAAAAUUUGAUUAAAAUUCGUUGAGUAGUUAAUUGCAGUUAAAUUAUACUGAUUCUGCAAUGGAUAGGUUAUUCGUACUUUCGUAAAAAAUUGUUCAAUCUAUUAUUAAACAUAGUUUUAAUGCAUAUGGUGUGCUCAAGCUCUUCGACGCUAGCAUAAUAAUAUAUUGUAUAACUAAUUUCAAUUUCAAUUUGGCGUUUUUGCGACGGUAACUUGGGUAUGGUCGUAUUUAAUAAAAAUAGUAAAAGUAUCCACAACACAUUGUGUGUGUUAUAGAAAAUCGUAACAGUGUGGUAGUAGGCAUUAUGUAAAUAUGAACAUUAUUUAAAAUUAAAGUUCGGCUACCAAA